AGUCCACGCACAUUCAUCUUCAUUACUCAAUUUGGAGCGAAAGAGAGGGCUAUAGAGUGAGUAGUACUGUAGUAGUUUGUAAGAGUCUCGAUGGAAAACAAAAGACAGAAAGCUCUGCAGCAAGAGCAAGCCAGUAGUUGGAAUAAGAAGAAUUUGUGGAGGCCAGAAGAGGAUUUGAUUCUGAAGAAGUACGUGGAGACUCAUGGAGAAGUAAACUGGGCAACUAUUGCAAAGCGAUCAGGUUUGAAUCGGAGUGGAAAGAGCUGCAGGCUAAGGUGGAAGAAUUACUUGAGACCCAACAUCAAACGUGGAGACAUGUCCCAGGAAGAGGAAGAUCUCAUUAUCCGAAUGCAUAAGCUUCUUGGCAACCGUUGGUCACUGAUUGCUGGUCGGCUUCCUGGUCGAACGGACAAUGAAGUGAAGAACUACUGGAAUACCCAUUUGAACAAGAACAAUGCCGCCUGCUCCUGCCCUGCAGGAGCACCUGGAGGCCAGGUCUGCAGCAAAAGAAAAGCCAAUGAUCACAACCACUACUCGGACAAUGCUAAUCAACAUCGAGACAACUACCACCAUUGUAGUAACAAAACGAGGAAAACCAUCGACACUGAAUCAACUAAGACAGAAAGCAUCACUCCUGAAGAGGAACAGAAAGAUGGAAAUAGCAGCAGGGAGGACGAUCAAAGUAGCAGUAGCAUCAUGAGCGCUAGGAUGGCAACAAGUUACCCAUACUGGAUGGGUGGCUACAGUAGUAAUACAGAUCAGAGCUUGAAUUUUGAAUAUGCAGACACAGACUAUCAGUAUCCACUAAACAGCAACUGGGUUCAGUACUGCCUGCCUACAAUCACAAACAACAAUGCAACAACAUCGACAUUUGUGUUCGAUGAUGAACCUUUCUUUGCCUACAUGGAUUCUUUUCUCUUGCUCGAAGCAGGAAUUGGAUGCUCUAGUACUGCUGCUCCUACUGAGGGAAUGCAAUCAUCAGUUAUGAUGCCAUUAUCAUCUACUAAUGAUCCUCAUUCCCCACACUUCUAGUUUGUCCAUGAGUUAUAAAGAAAGUCUGAAUCCACUCAUAAUUAAUCAUUAUUUAUAAUGAAGCAGUUGCAUCGACUAGUAU